AUGUCUACGAUGCCGUCAAGGCCUACCUUGCCACGCGCAUCAACACCAACCUCAACAUGCAGCGCCUGCGGGUCUGAGAAGAUGGUUGUCAGCAUGGAGGCAGGCGAGGAGAUGGCAGAUGUGUAUCAAGGAGCGGAGUUCAAGUGGUGCCUGGUCACUCGCGAGGUCAAGGCCGACCCGGACAACGUUAGCGGCGGGGCCCGCGAGGUCAGGUCCUAUGAGGUGAGCUUCCACAAGAGGCACAAGGAGAAGGCACUCAAGGAGUACCUGCCCUUCAUCGUCGCCGCCGCCAAGGCCAUCAACGACCAGGAGCGGAGCCUCGACAUCUACAUGAACCAGUACGGCGACGAAUGGUCCUCCAUCGUCCUCCAGCACCCCUCCACCUUCGACACGCUCGCCAUGGACAUGAAGCAGAAGCAGGCCAUUGUUGAUGACCUCGACAGGUUCAUCAAAAGGAAGGACUACUACAGGAGGAUCGGCAAGGCGUGGAAGCGUGGGUACCUGUUGUAUGGCCCGCCGGGCACCGGCAAGUCCAGCCUCAUCGCCGCCAUCGCCAACCACCUUAGGUUUGACAUUUAUGAUCUUGAGCUCACCGGGGUCGACUCCAACUCAGACCUCAGGAGGCUCCUCGUCGGGAUGACCAACCGGUCCAUUCUCGUGGUGGAGGACAUCGACUGCACCAUCGAACUCAAGCAGCGGGAGGAAGCCGACGAGGAACCUGCCACCAAGUCCAGUCGUAUAGAGAAGAAGAAGGCAGAAGACAAGGUCACAUUGUCUGGGCUGCUCAAUUUUGUUGAUGGCUUGUGGUCGACAACUGGGGAGGAAAGGAUCAUCAUCUUCACCACCAACUACAAGGAGCGUCUCGACCCAGCACUCCUGCGGCCUGGCAGGAUGGACAUGCACAUCCACAUGGGGUACUGCACCACGGAGGCCUUCCGAAUCCUUGCCAACAACUACCAUUCCAUCGACUACCAUGCCACCUACCCAGAGAUUGAGGCGCUGAUCCAGGAGGUGACGGUGACGCCUGCAGAGGUCGCCGAGGUUCUGAUGAGGAACGACGACACUGAUGUUGCCCUCCAUGAUCUUGUCGAUCUUCUGAAGUUAAAGAAGAAAGAGGCCACUGAGAUCAAGUCUGAAAGUGUACGGGCGGGGGAGAAGAAAGAUGAUGAUGUGAUCAAGACUGAAAGUGUGCAGGUGGAGGAGAAAAAAGAUGGCAAAGAGGUGGUGCUGAAGAAUGAGUUCACAGAAAAUAACGGGAGCGGCGAGGACUGCCGAUACUGA